UUCGUUUAGAUCGACAACGUUCUGUAAAUAUUUUUUUGGUCGAAUUAUUCCAGUUUUGUGUACUCGAAAAUGUUAUUUUUUGUCAGGAAUCUGUUGUGUCUAAACAUUCUGGUUGUGUUGGUCAGUACAGGCUAUGCCAUCCAUUGCUAUCAAUGCGACUCGACGUUCAAUAAAGAUUGCGGCCAGAAUUUUGAUGCUGAUGGGAUUGAUUUGAUUGACUGUAGUCGCGUUACACCUGCUCAUCAAGUCGGCGAAUAUUUUCAUUGGCAAUAUGCCACAGGCUGCAUGAAGAAGACUCUGAAAAUCACCUUAUUUAGUUUACUUUGAAGACACUGGUCAUCACCACUUUAUUCGCUCCUGUUACUUUGGCAAUGUGAACAACAAGCAAGGAUGCCAAGCGGAUAAAACUUCGUUCGCAUUUGAGGAGUUGGCUUGCGACGUUUGCACCGAGGAUGGCUGCAAUGGUUCCGCCUCCUUGACUCCCAUUGCCAGUGGAAUAAUCGUUUUCCUCGGCGUUGCCCGUUUGUUGGCUUAAAAACAUUUUUGGCGGUAUUUGCAUCUUUUUUAUUGUCAUAAAAAAAACCUACGCACUCCUCCAAAUAUUCUUCAAUUCAAGGAAUCAUUUCUAAAU